AUGGCAACAGCUUUGCCACUGGAAGGUGAUGGCUUGGUGGAGAAUCUCUUUCAUUAUUUGUGGACAACGGAUGAUCUGGGAGGUGGCCCUCGGGUUAGUGUACCCCCUACAGUGAUUUAUCGAGGCUCGCAGCCGGUAGCCUGGUACUUCACGAGUCGUAAAAGUGGACGCAUCAAGCGCAAACACCGAGCAAACCUCACAGCGGCGCAUAUCGAACAUUCAUUCACCAAGCGAAAGGCUGAAACGGACAUCGUUGGGUAUUAUUUGUAUAUCCCAAAAGCGGAGAGUUCUGUUCCUGCUAUCGAGUAUUUCGAUGCAGAAGCACUUCGUGAUUUCCUAUACAAACGACCAGAGGUCCCGCAUUCGUCUUCUACCGGCUCACAACAAUCUACAGGGAUUCUUCAGCAGCUUACGCUUCCCAAAGGAGCGAGGAAUUCCACUCUUCGUGCGAUUUGGUCGCCCAAAUUGUGCUUGCUAGAGCGUCGAAUCAAUGUGCAUGCCAUCCACGACGCACGGUUUACUGUUUAUGAACGAGGCGUGACUUUCGAAGAAGGGGGUGGCGCUGAGGCUCUCAGUCGACCUGAACCAGUGCGUGGCUCGAUGUUGCCUGGUAUGGUACAGCAGCUCUGUGAACGGGUUGUAGACCAUGUCACACGUGUGUCCUACCACAAAUCCCGAAUCGCACGAAUGGCGUUGCGUCUUCAGGUCGAUUCGGACGAUCGAUUGUGGUUAUUGUGGAGUUCGUCACUGCGCUUACAGCCUCCGCUGGCUGCGAUUACGUCCGACAUGCAAUUUGAUCAGAAUAUUCGACCACUGGACAUUGUCAGCGAUGUAAAAGUCCCCAUGUUUGCCUUUGCACAAGGCGGUGGCGGACAGGUGUCGCUAAGUUCUACAAUGAGCCCCGAGAUGGACGAAGAACCUCGCCCAGGACAAACGCGCUGCGCUAGUUGCUCCCAGGUGGUGGCGCUUCGUGCACUCUUGCCUACGACGUACAAAGCUGUGUUGGCUCAUUUUCAACACGUGAUAAAGUUUCUUCGUGAACGAGUCAACGAAGCAAACCGAGAUGCUAUCGAGUGGCCACCUAACGAGCGAGUUGUACAACAAGCCGGAGGUGUAGGAUUCGGCAUCCUUCGGUAUCUCAAGACUGUAAACUCUAGUAGUGAUGACACGAAUUUGCCGAGUGCUACGUCUGGUAUGAAGGCGUGGCAAGGACGGGAGCUACUCGUUCCUCCCGUGAUCCGGUACAUGCAUCCGACACUACGUCCUGAAGACUUCGCUCGACACCGUCAAGACCCGAUAUUCCUGCACAGAACGGUAGGAGUCUGUGAGCGUUGCUGUCUCGUGUAUGCAGACUACGCUACUGCAUCACUUGAAGCCAACGGUCUGGGCAUUCGAACUAGUGCUAGUGCUCCAGCACUUUUACGCCCUGUACGAGAAAGACCCAAUCAUUCAGAGCAUUUCGACGAUGAUUCCUCAGACUUGCUCUUGCUAACUACUACGAGUUUAGGCAGCCCGUUGACCAGAGGAACUCGCGCUGCGACACAAUCAAAACCUCCUGCUUCAGCAUGGAAACCCGUUUCGAGUAACGAGAUUCAACAUGAUCGAUCUGCGAAGCUUAAAACAGGUCCACGCAGCACACUACAUUCCCUGCCGAUGGCACCAAAACUGCCGCCUCGCAUUGAAUCAUUCGAGAUGGAUGAUAGCAGUGCUCUUCGUAUUCCGGACAGUAUUCUUAAAGACGGUAGUCCACAGCAGCAACAGAGGGAAGAAGCAUUUUUCCGAGAGCUUUACCAACAAAAUGACUCUGGAAAACGCGGAGGCUAUGCUCUUCGGCAUAUGAUGGAGGCAGCCGAUCGUCUUUCACAGGCGAAACCACAGCACCGUCUCGCGGCAUUAGGGGAUAGCACCCAAAUCGGCAAAAGCCAAUCGACUGGUGCGCUGGCUGAUGCGAUUACAGAGCUAAAGCUCGCAAAGAAGACUGGAAAGAGCCCUUACAGUGUAGUUCAACGAAUUCGUGGUGACGGACGAAGUAGAUCAAAGGAUGCGCGAUUUUUCAGGUGA